CAGCCCUACAGGAAAAGAUCACAGGGUUUGGAUUCCAGAGACCUAGAUAACAAUACCGGCUCUGCCUAUCAUUCUUUGUAACCGUGAGCAAGUCACUUGACAUAUCAUUGGCCAAUCAGUGCGCCCAUCAAUCAGUCAGCUCUGUUGACACAGCGUUUAGUGGAUGUGUCCGUUGGCUAUCAGUUUUCAGUCCAUCAUCAGUUUUUCAACAGUCACUCGGUGGGUCAGUCAAUCUUUAGUGGGUUCACUUAAAUUGCUUGAGUACACAGACAUGGACCUCCAAAAGUCUCCUAAGGAAACAGUACUUAUUACAGGAGGAGGUGGCUACUUUGGUUUCCGUUUGGGGUGUACACUAUGCAAGAAGGGUAUUGCUGUGAUUCUGUUUGAUAUCAACAUUCCUAUUCAAGAUCUUCCCAAGGGGAUGCAGUUGAUAUAUGGAGAUAUUUGCUGUAUCACUGAUUUAGAGAAAGCCUUGCAAAAUGUUACUUGUGUUUUCCAUAUUGCUUCCUUUGGCAUGUCAGGAAAGGAGCAAUUGAAUCAUAAGCAUAUUGAAUAUGUCAAUGUAAAAGGCACAGAAAAUGUACUCCAGGUUUGCAGAAGGAAAGGAGUACCAAGACUGGUUUAUACUAGUACUUAUAAUGUGGUGUUUGGAGGCCAAGUUAUAGUGAAUGGGGAUGAAUCUCUGCCCUACCUACCUCUUCACCUUCAUCCUGAUCACUAUUCCCGCACCAAAUCUGUUGCAGAGAAAAAAGUGCUGGAGGCAAAUGGUGCAGCCUUAGAAAGGGGAGUUGGUGUUCUGAGAACCUGUGUUUUGAGAUCAGCUGGUAUCUAUGGGCCUGGAGAACAAAGGCAUCUUCCCAGGAUAGUGAGAUAUAUAGAAAAGGGCCUCUUCAAAUUUGUGUAUGGCGAUCCCAAAAGCUUGGUAGAUUUUGUCCAUGUGGAUAACUUGGUACAAGCCCAUAUCCUGGCCUCAGAGGCAUUAAAAGCUGACAAGAAACACAUUGCCUCUGGACAGCCUUAUUUUAUCUCUGAUGGAAGACCAGUGAACAAUUUUGAAUUCUUCCGGCCUUUAGUUGAAGGGUUGGGUUAUCCAUUCCCCACCUUACGCCUACCAUUAAGCCUCAUUUAUUUCAUUGCUUUCAUGACAGAGAUGGUCUUCUUCCUCUUAGGCAGGUUUUAUAAUUUCCAGCCUUUCCUCACCCGAACAGAAGUCUAUAAAACUGGGGUCACACACUAUUUCAGCAUGGAGAAAGCUAGGAAGGAACUGGGUUAUGAACCACAACCAUUCGACUUCAAGGAAGUGGUAGAUUGGUUUAAAGCUGAGGGUCAUGGUAGAAAAUUCCAAAAUUACACCUUGAAGCAUCUCAUUUGGAAUGGCAUUUUGGUUUUCCUCCUAGCUGUUGCAGUUCUCACAUGGUUUUCCAAUGUCUAUGGGUGAUGUCAGUUUGAAAGAUUUAUUUUGGAAAUUAUUUUGUGGAGAACAAGGAAUUUCCACAGCUAGCACAGCACUGUUGUUCCACAAGCAGAUUCUAGAAUGCACAUAAUCUUUCAAACAAGGGGCCAAAUUUACGACUCCAACAACUGAUCAAGAAUAGCCUUUUAUACAUUAGAUUCUAUCUAGUCUUCAGUUAUCCCUCCUAACUCAGAAUGAUGUCUGAGGGAAGAAAGGAAUGAAAGAUGAAUCGGAAAUUGUGUUUUGUUUUGUUUUCAUUACUUCUUUUGAAGCUGUGGCUUAGGGGAAAUACAGUCAUUUCAAAAUUUGUGUAUGGGAGUAGAUUUUCCUUGAAUUUUUCCCAGAGCAGUUGUGUAUUUUUCUCAUAGCAUAUUCCAGAACCAGAUAACACAUUUCAUUUAAAAUGAACUAAAAACAUGAACAGGCAUCAUAUCUGCAGUGACUAAACACUUAUAAGAAAGACUUAAAAAUAAUAUUAAUAACUUUUCAGUAAGAUUUCAGGCUGGACACUCUUCUAAAGAGGGGGUAGGCACUGAUAGAAUUAUGGAGUUGGAAGAAAUCUUAGAUGUCAUCUAGUACAACCUCAUCUACCCAGUUCAGAAAUACCUUCUACAUUAUCCAUAGCAGUGAUAACAUGUUGUGCUUAAACAGCUCCUUUGAUGAUGAAUUCCGUAUCUGAUUCCAUAUUUAAACAUUUCUAAUCAUUAAAACAUUCCUAUAUCCAACCAAAAUCUGUUUCUGUAAUUUCCACCUAUUGAUCUUCCGAGGCCUCAAGUUUUUGUUAUCUGUUAUCUAAUAGCUUCUAAUAUGUCCUCAGGGUCAGCAUUUUUAGAGCUUAUUGGACUGUUUUCCCCUAUUAGUCUGUAAACUCCUUGAGAUUAGGAACUUUUGUGCCUUACUUAUCUAUGUAUCCCUCACAGUGCCUUAUACUUAGUAGGUGAUAGUUGUUUCUUCAGUGAAAUUGAGAGCCUGUAGGACAAUUUUUUAAUCUGUUCAAUGGUCAUCCAUCUUUGUCUUCUAAGACAGAUUUGAUUUUUAGAGAUAGCAAAAAUUCAUUCUAAGCCAAAGUUCACAAAUAGGAUAGAAGAUCAAGGCGUGGACUUUUCUUUUUGAUCAAAAUUGCAUAACUCUAAUGACUAAUUUUGUUGACUGGUUCUAGAGACAGCCACUAAACAAGGAAUCCAAACGUGUUUUAAGCACUGGAAUCAUUGUUGGAAUGGGUAUAGCCUACCAUACCUACAACUUUGAGGAUAACCCUUAUACAAAUGUAUAUGUUCUGGACUGUUAAUUAAAAAGAAGUCUCAUUGUUUUAUAA